UGCGUCAGAACAAGGGUAUUUAAAGAUCCCUGCUGCGCGAGGUCCAGCCACUUGAGUCAUGGCGGUGACCGUGGCGGCACUAGCAGCGGUGGCGUGCUUCUGCAUGGGCGCCAGCGCGUCGACGCCAGUCGACAUCAGGGACGUGCCUUAUCAUGUGCGAGUACGGUCCCUCCUGCCAAAUGGCACGCACAUCCUCUGCGGUGGCUCGAUUUUGUCAGACAGAAUAGUACUCACGGCCGCGCACUGCACUGACGGGAAGGACGUGUCCAGUCUGACGGUUCGCGCCGGCAGUGCCGACCGCGCGAGGGGCGGCCAGGAGCUUCCUGUGGCCCGCGUCUUCCAGGACCCCCGGUGGACCGAGGCCACCAAGGAUUUCGACGUGAGCGUCCUGCAGCUUGAGGGCCGCAUCACAUUCGGAGACACAGCCAGACCCAUCGCGCUGGUGGCCCCCUUGACUGAACAGCCCACGGGUUCGCGGGGGCUGGUGGCCGGCUGGGGCAGAAGCAGCGGAGACGGCAUUCCCAGUGAGACCUUGGGUUCAGCUCUACUGCAAUACAUCGACCGGCUGCCGUGCAGACGUGCCUUCGUGAAGGGCAGAAUAACUCCUCGCAUGGUGUGUUACGGCGGCGUUGUUGGCCCAGCUUGCGAUGUAAGUACGAAUCUCAUGGCCUUCUUUAAUACUAAAAAGAAAACUCCGAGGGAUUUACGAAGGAGGGAACAAAGGGUUUCCGACGGAUCUUUUGUAAAUUUCGUGGGCAAGCCGUUUUGA